AUGUCCAAACAAACUUCUUUAAUUAAUAAGCCUGAAACGGCUGAUAUGGUAGAACUGGCAUAUGGAGUCAAAAAGGUUGAAUGGAUUCCUGAUACCAGAUUCCCCUUAUGUGGAACUUUCAUUGUUCAUUUGGAAGAUCACACCUUUGGCUCGUUGAUUCGAUCUAAGUUAAGCAAGGACGAUAGAGUUACCUUUGUCGGAUAUAGGAUACCACAUCCUCUUGAGAAUAAGCUGGAGAUUCGAUUGAGGACUAAAAUGGACAAUCCCUUUACGGUUGUGAUGAGUGCAAUUUCUAACCUUCGGAGUAAUAUAUCGCAUUUGAGGAAGGUUUAUCUCGUACGUCUUGACUAA